AUGCCGGACACGCUGCGGACGCCACGGCGAGUAUUCCAUUACAGCAAUAGCAGCACUCCUAGACGAUCACCCUCACCGACCUUUGAAUCACCAAGCGGCCCACGGUACCAGGCAUCUCCAUUUGGCGACGCGGGUCUUCGCAUUCUGUCUGCACCUCAUCGCCCGGCACGACAUAUUAGCCGGACAGCUAUCAAAAUCCUCGACGCACCUGAGCUUCAGGAUGAUUUCUAUCUAAAUUUGGUGGAUUGGGGUAAUAAUGAUUGCUUGGCAGUGGGAUUGGGUUCAUGCGUAUAUCUCUGGAACGCAAAUACAAGUAGAGUUACCAAAUUAUGCGACUUUGUCAACGAUGCAAUAUCAUCCGUAAGCUGGGCCAAGCAAGGGUCACAUCUAGCCAUUGGCACGAACAAAGGCGCUGUCUUGUUAUGGGACACGGAAACUUCGCGACGCGUACGAACGUGGUCGGGUCACACAUCACGUACAGGCGCGCUUGCAUGGAGCUCCAACAUUCUGACGUCAGGCAGCCGAGAUCACAAAAUAUACCAUCGCGACGUACGGUCACCCAGCCAAUACUUUCGCGAACUCAACGAACACGUACAAGAGGUGUGCGGGCUGAAAUGGAACGAAGAAGGAACGAUGCUUGCCUCGGGAGGCAACGACAACAAUUUACUGAUAUGGAGCUCACAUCAAAACAACCUUUUAUGGAAGUUUAGAGACCACACAGCCGCGGUCAAAGCCAUAGGGUGGAGCCCACAUACGCGCGGGAUGCUUGCGAGCGGCGGCGGUACAGCGGACAAAACAAUCAAGUUUUGGAACGCCAUAUCCGGGGCAGCCAUAUCGUCCCAUGACACUGGGUCGCAGGUGUGUAAUGUGGCAUGGUCCAAAAAGACAAACGAGAUUGUCAGCACGCACGGCUAUGCGAGCAACUCGGACAAUUCGUCGAACCAAGUGAUUGUGUGGAAGGCGAACAACAUGCAGCGCGUGGCGACGCUGUCGGGACACUCGAGUCGUGUCCUGUACAUGUCGCUAAGCCAGGAUGGUAGCACGGUAGUAACAGGCGCAGGCGAUGAAACGUUACGUUUCUGGGACGUUUUCUCGACGGCUGAGGUCAUUCGACGUGAACCCGAGGAUCGACGCGAGUGUCUUAGGUAG